UUUGUUGACUUUGUGUUAGAUUGAGUUUGUUUUCAAAUGCAAUCUUUAUUUAUUUUAUUUUACAUUAAAAAGUUCAGUAUUGGUUUAAUUUUUUAAGUUUUUGUUUCAUCUAUUCCUGUUAGUUUAUCCUGCCUUGAUUGUGUGAAAUGGGUAAAGAAGAUGAUCCAGAAGUUAAAGUUAGAAUCCUGCUCCGAGAUAAAGAAAAAGCAUUGGCCAAGAAGGAUUUCAAGGAAGCAGCCAAGUGUUGUAAUUACAUCGGUAUUAUUUAUUCUGAGCAAGGAAAAUAUGAAGAAUCUUUAGAAGCUCAUAACGAAGAAUUGAAAUUGUGUCAAAAAGUUAAUGAUCGUCUUGGUACAGCUGUGGCUAAUCGUAUGGUGGGAGAAUCUCUUGCCUUGCUUGGUUCAUUCCGUAAAUCUGCGUUACAUUUAAAGGAAUUUAGAAGGAUUGCCAUGGAGCUGGACAACAAGGAAGAGAUGCAACGGGCUGAUGCCACCUUGGGCAGGACAUAUUGGUUGUAUUACAAUUCUAACCCUUUAAAGAAUAAGCAAUCUUUGGAAAAAGCAGAAUUAUAUUUUAGGAGUGCUCUUACAAGAGCAUCAAAAUUAAAAGGGAACAUCUCUGAGAGAGAUUACGCACAAAUGAGGACUCGUGGAUUGAUAAAUUUGGCUUUAGUAUUUGAACAAAAAGGUGAUAAAUUGGCUGUCAAAUUUUUGGAAGAAGGUACCUUAUUGUCCAAGAAAUUUGGUUUUCCUGACGAUCUUCUAAGAUGUCUGAUGGCUUUAUCAGCAAUUCAUAUGAGAGCUGGUUUAAUGCAAAAGGCCAGAGAAUUUAAUGACGAUGCCAUGAAAGUGGCUAAACAGUUGCAUGAUUUCACUGAUUUAUGUGAAUUGUUAUUAAUGAAGGCGAACAUCCUCAUCAAUCUUGUUGACUAUGAUGGGGCACGCCAUAUUUUCAAGAAAGUCUACCAACUUUACACCAAGUCUAGUGAUCCUGAUCAUAAAAUUAAAGCUAUCAAAGGAUGUAAAGCAACAAAAAAAAUCAUUGAAACUCUCAAAGAGGUGAACUUGUCAUCAGAUCCAGAAAUCCAUGCUAAAUUGUAUGAUAAAAUUGGUGAUUACUGUGUCGAAAUGGGUUGCUAUUCCAUGGCGAUCGAUUAUUACAAUAGAGUAUUAGAUGCUGCCUUAAAGCUAGGUAAAAGUGCUGAAGAAUUGGCCACUAUUUAUUUUUCUCUUGGUCAAACUUAUCUGGACAAUCAACAAUUUUCUGAAGCUCUAACAGCCUACCAAAAAGAGCUCACAUUUCGAGAAGGAAACACAGAGGAGGAAAUCCAUAGUUUAUUGAAAAUUAUUGAGAUCAAAAUUAAUUUACAACUAAGUUUUGAUGAGAUUCAACGUGAAUUCGAAUUUGCUUUAACCAAAUGUGAUACAGAUAAGCUCAAAAGGCAGGUUCUCAAAGAAUACAAAAAUUACCUUGAUGAAGCUAAUGUGGUCACCUCCGCCAAUAAAGAAAUCGAAAGACAAUUAAGUGCACUUGGUCCAGAAGAUGUGACUGAAAUGGAAUGUGAAUCUCAAGAAGGAGGAGAUAAAACUUCGGAUGAAGAAAUUUCAGAUGACGACAUUUCAGAUUUAACAGACGAUUCUGGAAAUGAAAAUCUCGAAGAAACAGAGAUGAAAGGUAGAGCAUUAAGAUCCCGCCGCAGUGUAAAAAAGAUUCAAAGCUCAGCAAAAAGAAAUGAAAAGGGCGAAAGUGCGCUACAUCGUGCGUGUAUCGAUGGAAAUCUUUCUCAUGUGAUGAAACUAGUUGAAGGUGGUCAUGAAGUCAAUAUUCGAGAUCACGCUGGUUGGUUGCCCAUUCAUGAAGCAUCAAACCAUGGUUAUGCAGACAUAGUCGAGUAUCUUAUACAGAAAAAAUCUCUCAUUAACGACCGUGGUGGAGCUGAAUGUGGAGACACUACUCCAUUGCAUGAUGCUUGUGCCAAUGGGCAUAUUGAUGUUAUUCGAGUUUUAAUCCGAAACGGAGCCAAUGUUAUCGGUCGAGAUAUUAAUGGGAAUACGCCCUUUGAUUUGUUGAAAGACAGAAUUGGUGACGGUGAAACUCUGACGUCUACGCAAAAGAAAGAUGUUGCUUUAUUGUUUAAAGAAAUUAAAGAGUUGAUGAAAAAAUCAGGAUACGAUUUUAAUGCGAAAACCAUUCAAAAAGUGAAAAGAAAACAUGUUCCUUCUGAUGUUAUUGGUAAACCCAUUAAUAAUUUACGAGCUCGCGAUAAUCGUUCACCAUCAACAAGUCCACCUCGAAAAUCGUUAAAGUUAAAUAAAAAUCGUGAAGCAGUUGAUGCCAAGAAUGCUUACAAAGAAGUCAUUUCUAACCUACGAAGGCCUCAUGAUUUAGUCAAUGGUCCACCUCCAGCAAAAAGUAAGUCAAAGUUCAAAGGACUCAUUGAAGAAUCGGAGUGUGUUGUUGAUGAAUGGAUGAUAAAUGACAUGAAUCCAUCCGCUUUAAAAGACAAGCCUGUCCGUGAUGCGUAUGAAAUGACGGGUCGCUUGAUCGAAAAAAAUCAACAAUCGUUCGAUUCCUCUAAAAGAGAAAGACAAUCGAAGCCUAAACAAAAAGGUCCGAUUGCUUCAACUAGAAGACGCGCUGUUAAUAGUGACGAGGAAGAUGAUUAUGUCGUUAUUGAACACGAUGAUGUCAAAAGUCAAAGUGACAAUGAUUCACAAGAUGAAGAUGAAGAAGAAGAAGAAGAAAACUUUGAUUGGGAAAGACAGCUGAAUGGAGAUGAUAAUGAGGAUGACACAGAAAUUGAAGUUGUUUCAUGUAAAAAUAAAUCAAAGUCAAAUAGACAGGAGACAAGUUAUUUCACAUCGACCCAAGAAAGUAUGGACGCAUGUUCGACAACCUCACCUCCGCCUGAUUCACUGCCACUUUCACCGCCAUCAUCCAACCAACCUAUGUCUUACAACUUUACUCCUUCAACGGUACCUCAAAUCCCAUCUUACUCAACUGUCUCGCCACCUUCAAAUGGAUCUAAUCAACAAGUGCCAACUAAACCUACACCAGUUAAUCAACCAAAUCAAUCCACUGAGAAGUUUUUAAUUACUGUUCAUUUGGAGAGCAAAAAAUUUCUUCUCACUGUUCCUAAUAGAUCAACCCAAGUUUCAUGGUUGGCAGAGAAAACAGCUGAACGGUAUUACCAAAUGCGUCAAUUAAGGCCUAAACUUUCACUGACCACAGAGGAAGGAGCCAUUCUUGAUUUAGACGAUUUAGUAGUCGAUGUUUGCCUAAAUAAUCAAGUUUACGCAAAUAUAGACUCAUGGGAUUUGGAGCCUUUACCUGAGCGUUACGAGUCCAACUGUAAAUUAAAGAAAUCUUUUGUUAAUCAUGAUCUUAAAUUUAGAUUGAAGCUAAGUGAAACCAGCGGUAAACUACAACUUACAAAUAUGCUUCUGGAGCGAGCAACCAUUGUAAAUUUGCUAUUGUCCCUUCGAUGUCAAAAGAGCUUACGAAUAUUAGAUUUUUCAUUCACUGAUAUAAUUUUGCUUGACAAAGAUGAUAUUUUGUCACAAAUAUUGUCAACUAUUUCGGAUCUUGAGGAGAUUAAUUUCAAAGGAACUGGAUUGGUUUCAUAUCGAUUACACUCUCUAUGUAGAUAUCCUUUGACUAAUCUAAUUAAUGUAGAUUUUAGUUAUAAUCUUCUGGAUGAUAAAUGUUCAACCAAUUUACUGGAAUUCAUAAAUCAAUGUCCAAAUCUUAAACGAAUUGAUCUCCGUUAUAACGAUUUUUCUCUUGGAUUCAUUGAAAGUUCCAACCUGUUAGAAAUUAGUCGUAAUAAGAAUAUUACUUUAUUAAUGAAAUGAUUACCAUCUCUACCAUAAUUUUUUUAAUGUUUUUUAUUUUAUUGUGUUAUCAAAUAAUCAUUACAACCCGAUUUAUUCAUUUGUAUCAUUUUUAAAUCCAAAAUUAUACUUCAUAAAAAUUAAAACAAACCAACCAAGACCUUAAA